AAUAGACCAUGGUGUCGUCAGAGAUUUCAUCCGAGGAGAAGUAUGUGUUGCCAAGGAAUGAAGUCGAACGUAUAAGGCUCGAGGAACAGCAUGCCUGGGUGACAGAAGCAAUUGGUGGACGGCUCAUUUUCGAUAAUAGCAUUCAGCUGAAACCCGGAGAUCGUGUCUUGGAUUCCGGAGUAGGUGCAGGAUCCUGGACUCUUGCUUUGUCGAAAGUCGUUCCGGACACAGUGGAGCUGGUGGGCGUCGAUCCUUCUCUGGCAAUGUUCCCGAAAGACGGUUAUCCAAGUAACAUCAAAGUCUACGAAAUCUCGACUUUAGAACUCCCAGCCGAAUGGACCAACUCAUUCAACCUCAUCCAUCAACGAUUACUCUCCAGCUCGUUCACCAUCCCAAUGUGGCAAACAGCGUUUUCCGAACUGCAUCGCGUUCUUAAACCAGGAGGCGCUAUUCAGCUUAUGGAGAUUCAACAACUUGGAUCAGUUGACGAAUCAUUUGAGAUCCCUGCGACGAAGAAAGUAACUGAGAUAGCUGGAGCUAUUAUGACGCAUCGCGAGUUGCUUGGUAUGGAGGGCCGUCAUCGACUUCGUAAUCUACUUGAAGAGGCGGGAUUCACUGGCAUCAACGAAGAGUUCCACCGUGCGCCUGUUGGUAAACAGUGGGGCGAGAAUGGAGUCUUGGGUGCGAAGAUUGCUGAAGGGUUCUUCCGCAAUGUGGGUUCUGUGUUGAUGGCAGCGGGUGGACUUGGAAUAUGUAGCUCGCAGGAUGAAGUUGACGAGGCGAUUGAGAAGGCGAAGAAAGAGUGGGCUGACAAUGCUGGAAUAUACACUGAAAUUUAUGUACUGACGGCGAGAAAACCAGUGUAG